AUGGCGAGAUCAAUAGAUAUUGUCACCCUUGGAAACCUGGAGGAGAAGAUGGGCCGAUGGCAUCCCGACAACGAUAACCAUCUUCACGCACUGGUAGACAUGGGCAGUAACGGCAUCCGUUUCUCCAUAUCGGACCUCUCCCCGCCGCACACGCGCCUCCUAAAGUGCAUCUACCGCGAGCGCGCCGCCAUCUCGCUCUUUGACGCCCUGCGUGCUGAGUCCGGCCAGGAGCCCGGCCAGCUCUCCUUCCAGCCGGCCACCAUGCAGCGCGUCGCCGCCACGCUCGCGCGCUUCCGCUCCAUCGCCGCCGCCCACGGCGUCCCGCCGUCCCAGAUCACCGUCUUCGCCACGGAGGCCAUGAGGAGCGCGCUCAAUGCGGGCGACAUGCUCGACGCCAUCGCCGCCGCGGCGCCGGACCUCUCCCUGCGCGUGCUGUCGCCGGAAGUCGAGGCCCUGCUCGGCGCUAUGGGUGCCCGGUCCGGCUUCGUCGAGGUCAAGGGCCUGUUCCUCGACCUCGGCGGCGGCAGCGUGCAGAUGACGUACAUGGACACCACCGCAGCAGCAGAGAGCGACGAAGUGCGCGUCCCCACGGCCGGCGAGAGCAUGCCGUUUGGCGCGGCGCGCCUGACGAGGAACGUGCGGGAUGGCGAGAGCACGGCUCACGUCACCGUGGAGAAGGUGCAGGGCGGCAUGCUGGGUGCCUUUGCCAAGAUGUGCGCCAGGUUUCCGGAGCUGGACAGGCUCGCGAGGGGGGAGGACGGCGGCGACGGCGUGGACGUCUACCUUUGCGGCGGCGGGUUCAGAGGCUACGGCAGCAUGCUCAUGCACAACGAUCCCGUGCAGCCGUACCCCAUACCGCUGGUCGGGGGCUACACGGUCCCCGGGGGGUACUUUUCGCAGGUGGAGCGGAUGCGCAAGGUCAACGAGGAGCACGAGGGCAAGAUCUUUGGCAUGUCCAAGCGCCGCCGCGAGCAGUUCUCCGCUAUCGCGACGGUGAUCGAAGGCCUCGUCAAAGCGGUCCCGCGCAUCAAAAGCGUGACCUUUUGCGCGGGCGGCAACCGCGAGGGCGCCCUCAUGAUGAAGCUGCCGCCUGAGGUCCGCGACGCCAACCCGCUCGACCUACUAGGCAUACCCGCGGCACCGGCCAGGGAGGAAGAUCCCAGGGUCGUCCGGACCGUGGCUCACCUAAUCGACACGGCGAUCCCGCGCAGCGUGGCGGCGGACAAGAUCAAGCUGCUCUACCUCGCGCCGGUGCUCACGCGCAAGCUCUGGGAGGGCCGAGGCGAGGACGCCAGUGCCAACGCCGCUCUGGCGCUGAACGAGGCCGCCCACGGCUACCUUGGCAUGCCUGGCCUGAACCACGUGGCCCGCGCCCUGCUCGGCCUGACCCUGUGCGCCAGGUGGGGCGGCAGCCUCUCGCCGUCGGACAGGCAGCUCUACGAGGGCCUGCAGCGGGUCGCCGGCGCGCCGGGCUCGGAGCAGGUCUUCUGGGCGGAGUACAUCGGCGCCGUGUCCGCGGCCAUCGCGCUCGUGGUCCCCGCGCGGCCGCGGUGGGCGGAGGAUCUUCGGCAGGCGAUCCGGUUCCGGGUGGCGACGGACGUGGCCCACGGGCAGCGGGACAACUUUGUGCUGUCUGUGUCGGUGUCGUCGGCGGCUCUCCGGGGUCUGAGCCUGGAUGAUGUGCAGGACUGCUUUAGUGGCUUGAGGCAGAAGAGCAAGAAGAGGAAGAAGGACGGCGAAGGUGCCGGUGGUAGGACGUGGAGUGUGACUGUGCAGGUUCAGGAGGUUCCCGAGUUGAGGAUAGACAUAUAA